AUGCAGCACAAGUGUCCUGUCAGUUCUUGCGAGCUGGUUUACGACCAUCGCAACCUUGCAACGGCCGACGCCGUCGUUUUCCACUUGCUGGAUUUUACGAACACCAGCGACCUCCCCCAGGAGCGUCCCACCGGGCAGUCCUGGGUUGUGGUCACGCUGGAGGCACCUCCGAUCGCGGCCAUGCAUCCUGUCGACUACGGUCGCCUGCGCGGUGUGAUCAACUGGACAAUGAGCUACAGACGAGACUCGGAGAUUGUUGUCCCUUACGGCAGGACUGUUCCCAAGGAGCUACUGGAUACCAAAAUAAAUGAGCAAGAAAGUUUGGAGAGCCGAGACUUUUGGUCAGAGAAAACGAGCGGCCAUUACGUUGCAUGGAUGGUGAGUCACUGCGCCACUGACAGCAGGAGGGAGUGGUACGUCAAAGAGCUCGCCAAGUACAUCAAAGUUGACGUGUUCGGGAAAUGCGGCUUCAAGAAAUGCGGGAAGAACAUAUCCAUCAAAACAAUCGGAUCCUUUGACCAAGAUAGCUGCAACGAUAUCACCAGCAAGUACUUCUUCUACCUCUCCUUCGAGAACUCCAUUUGCGAGGACUACGUGACAGAGAAACUCUUCAUGCCGCUGCAGCUUGGGGUGGUGCCGGUGGUGCUUGGUGGUGCAGACUACAACGCCAUCGCGCCGCCGGAGUCCUUCGUAAACGCGCUCGACUUUCCAACUCCUGAGAAGCUGGCACAAGCGCUCCUGUCCAUCGCCGCCAACAGGACUCUGUACAACAGGUUCUUUAAGUGGCGCGAGCACUAUAGCGUUCAGCUCGGCCAUCCUUUUGAUCCCAUGAUAUGUGAUCUUUGUGCGAGACUCCACGGCCUACCUCAGCAGCACGAACGCAUUCAAAAAACACAGGGAGCCGUGCCUGGACUUGUUUCAAGGACCCUCACCCCGAAGUGGCCAAAUGGGACGUACCGGGACCUGGAGGACUGGUUCGUGUUGGGCUCGUCGUGCCGGCGCUGGUGGGCUGAUGCUGAAGACUACCGACGUCAUCACAAUAAUUUAGUGAACACACCAGGCCUCGCGCGCCAGUAUUCAGAAGAGAAAAUUUUCGGCGGUCUUGUGUAGAAUAUAGAGUAAACUUUGAGUGCGAGAUUAGGUGGCCGGAACU